CGUCAGAUAGAACGCGCUAGCGGGAGUCGACCGGGCGCGCCAAGUCAAGAUUAAGGGGGUCGGAAUGGGGCCCUCCCGAGAACUAGUGGUACCUUUUCCGAGGGGGUCGCCCAAGACCGUGGCGAUACUACUAGCUACUAGCUGGAUUUUUCCAAGGUCAAUGAUAGCAACAAGGCAAAGAGCCUCGACGUAUUGCACGUGGAGCUUUGUGAUUAUGUAAUCAUACUCCACUCCUAACAUCUGAGCCGCGCGAGCGUACCUCGAACAAAGGACCAACGACGGAAGCAGCAGAUGAUCGUGGGCGAGGGGGACGAAGAGGCGCGGCAGUCAGCCAUUGUAGCCAAGUGGAAGUCAAAGUGGCCACAGCAAGGAGACGGUGGAAUCGCGCCGAUUCGCUCGCUGCACUGGAAGCUGUGCCUUUCGCAGCUGUCGUCGCCCUCCCCAAGAGAUGGACGCGUCGAGUCUCGAUGGGUCGAUGAGGUGAGGCAGGAGAGGCGUCGAUACGCCACGCUUCGCGAUUCAAUCCUUCGUGCGCCCGACGGAACGUUUCCGAGUGACCUCGCACCGCCGAUAGGAGAGGGUGAAGAUAAGGACACAGCUCCCUCGCGUGGGAAACAACAGGAUCUCGACGUCAACAACCCGCUCAGUCUCGACGAUGAGAACCCAUGGAACGCUUACCUUGAAUCCCUUACGACGCUUGACCAGAUCAGAAAUGACGUGCACAGGACCUUUCCCGAGGAUGAGCGGUUCCGAGGUCAGGAUGCGCAGAAACUUCUGACGAGAGUUCUUUUUGUCUGGUCGGCGGCGAAGGAGAACAGCGAGGUGGGCUAUCGGCAGGGAAUGCACGAGCUGGCCGCUGCCAUCUUCAUCACACGGUUCGGCGAGAGGCUGAAGCGAGGUCGCGGCAUCGAUGAUGACACCGAGCUCGUCUUGGACGAGGCUUACGUGGAGCACGAUUCCUAUUCGCUCUUUGCGGGCUUUAUGCAGCAUGCAAAGGCGUGGUAUGUCUGGAAUCGGCCAGCGGACUUGACGCCGAUAAUGGAGCGAUGUCAGGCUAUCGAAGCCAUCCUUGCCACGGUCGAUCCACUCCUUGCCCAGCACAUGCAAGUGAUUGGCAUGGAAACGCAGCUCUUUGCGCUUCGCUGGCUACGUCUCCUCUUUCUCCGAGAGUUCCCCCUCAGCGAAAGCCUGCAUCUUUGGGAUGAGUUGCUGGCAAGAUCGCCGCAUAUGCGGCUGGUCGACGAAGUGUGCGUCGCUAUGCUCCUUCGGAUCCGCCACGAGCUACUGGCCGCCAGCGACUACUCGGAGGCAUUGAUGGUGCUCCUCAAGUAUCCUCGACCGAAUGCUACGGCGCUGCUGGCCCGACAGGCGUCGUCACUCUUCUACAACGCUUCCCAGGUGACGAUGCAAGCCUGCGUGAAGGAAAACCACGACCUGCUCGGAACGCCCCCCUUCACUCCAGUGAUACCGUCACCUGAGCCAAGGGCGGCGACCUCUUCUCCCCCAACGUCGGUCACGAACCCGUACGGAGCCAUCUCGGAUAUAGCACGCGGCAUCUACUCGCAGUCAAGCGCCCUGGGCAUCAACCGAGCGCUUCAGAUCGCCAUUCAGCGCGGCGUCGAGGCGGCUGGCGCGCUUGCGGCUGAGGACUCCCGAAGAACGUCUUCAGACGGCUUUCCUCCCUCGAUGCACGCCAGUCGGUUCGCGCCACGGGAAGUCAAGCCAGAGAGGCAACUCGAUGCGCUGCGGGCGAGUAACAUGGCUGUCGCAACUGCUCUGACGUCGUGCAUCGAUGCACUGGAGCGGCACUAUCUCAAGGGAAGCGCUCAAGAGGCAACGUCAAAAGAGGGACAGAAGGAUGACGAAGGAGAGGAGAGAGAAAGGGACCAGGUGGAGUUUUUGAUGAGUCUCACAGCCAUCAAGCAUGCCCGUGAUGUCCUUACAGGCUCUGCCAAGGAGUUUGACGGCGCAAUUCUGACCGCGCUCAAGCAGCAGCAGCAGCAGCAGCAGCAAGAUCACAGAGAGGAGGCCAAGGAGGUUCAGCCAAAGAAGCAGGACCGGCCACUCCCCAACCAUAGGGCCUUUGCAAGACUCGAAGAUGAACGGGGGACGAAGGACGGGCCAACACCAGCGCCAAAAUCUCUCGCGAUUCAGCCAACGAAGGCGGUGUCAGCGGACAAGCCGGCACCUCCUGCUGCUGCUGUCCGAGUAUCGGCACAGGCACCGACUCCGCCGCCGCCGCAACUUCCCAGCCCAUCUCCUGCGCCGCUGGCCGUCUCGGCGAUGGAUGAUCCGCUUGGUGUGAAUUCCGGGUUAUAAUGUAAUGUAGUAGCAAGCACUCUCCUCCUCUCUCUGACAAACAACUGUGUAUGUAACACAAUGCUAAUGGCCGUCCGUUGGCCUCCCGCAUGGAAGAAGCCCAGCCAGCCAUUUUCCACG